AACUAAUGACGUUUUACGCAGUACACAUACCAAAACAAACUCCCAGCUGAUGGUGUUUAGCUCAAUUUUUUAGGUCAACAUAAGUAAACAUCCAAAUCUUUACACAAAGAGUUUUACUUCUCCUGUUUUAAUUAGGUAGGUUUUUGUUGCUGUUUUAUAAGAUGUUAAAUUGAAAAUUAUGAAACAUUAAUAGUCGGUGGCCUACUUAAAAUUAUUUAGUCUAAAAAUAGACAUUGACAUACUACAAUAAAUAUAACUAUAACUAAUUGAACUAAUACUAAUUAAAUUGAAAUUGAAUUGAAAUUGUAAAAUUAGGCCCCAUACUAAUUUAAUUUAGGUCUAAUUUAUUGACUUUAAGCCUUAAAGUUUAAGUUAUCUAGGCUAUUGUUUAUUCAGGGCUAGGCCUAUUAUUAACUAUUAACUAACUAUGUUUGUAGUUUGUUAGUUAAAUAUUACUAAAUUUACUAGGCUUAGUCUUAGGCUACCAUAAUUAAUUUUAUGGGUUCAAACAAUGACUUGUUUAUGCAAAUUCUUAAGUGCCACAUCAUGUGGGUUGAGUAUAAGUAUAUGCCUUGGGGAAAAACUUCUCCUAUCACCAGUUAGAAAGUUUUGCCGCUAUCCUGGUCAACACAACAAGCAUGUGACUUAAUCACAUUAUCAUUAAAGAAAAUUAUCAAACUAACAUAAUUUAUUUGUUAAGUAAUAUUUAGUAAUAUAGAGAAUUUAUAUUUUAACAUUUUGUGUAAUCCAUAAAUUACAUAAUACCAUUUAGCUGAUUAGCAAGAGCAGCACUACCAACCAACAGGUGCUCCUUGGUUGAUAUUGCCCAACUUGCCUGGUCAGUUGAGUGGACGGCGGGUGGGGCUGUCUCAGCGGUGAAUGCUUCCAAAGUGCCGCUUCACAGCCCGAAGAUUCCACUAUUCGGGUUGGGGGGAAAAGAGGACACAUUGGGGAGGGUCUAAUGAGCUUUAGGCUCAAGGGCUUAUGGUUUUUUUCACAUAUAAGCUGAUUUUUCCCCCCCCCCCCCCCCCCCCCCCAAAAAAAAUUCACAAAUUUGUAUCACAACAUUUUUUUUGCACAUUGUCACAAAUUCAUGGAUUCCAGAUAUGAAUUGCCCAAGCCUCUUUGGACCCCUGAAUGCCACCACUCAGUAGACAUUAUGCAUUUUAUUAAACACUGGUUCGAUUGAUUCAAAAGUGCAAAGGAAACAAGGAGGAUAUUCUACGUCAAAACUAAGAUUUGUAAUGUGUCUUACAAUAAAGACUAAUGGCUGCUUCUCUUCAUACAUCAUUAUUUGCAUUGUCCUAAUCUCUGCCUUGGAAUUCAAAAAAACUCUAGCAACAACAUACUCAUCAAAUUUUUGAAACUCAAGUCGAAAGUAGCGAUAUGAAAAUCAAACUUUGCCUUCAAUACGGCAAGGAGAAUUUCCCAUUCUUUUAUUUCAUAGCUUUGAAGAAAAAAAUAAACUUGUGACAAAUUUCUCAGCCUCAGGCACUCUUGUGACGUGGGUUUGUGCUAGAGUGCAGCCUUGCUUAACACUGCUGAUCACUAGGAGCUCGUCUGAGAUUAGGCAUACUUUUUGUGUAAAUCCUCAUGGAAAAGUGAGUAGUAGUUGAAGACAGCCAACUUUCAACAGUUUACCAGCCGAUCAAGUAAAUACCAUCGUCAUAUCUAAGUGAUAUGGAGAUGAAUCUUCUGUUCACUGCUGUCUUUCAUAAUACUUUGUUUAAGUGUAGAUGUGAGUAAAUGGCCAUGCUUGCAAUCCAGUGUGGGUUUGAGUUCAAUACCAAGACAACCCAAAACUAAACACCUUAACUAUGAGUGGUUGGGGCUCAUCUUAAACUCUUGAUUGAAAACCUCCACUGCCAUGCGGCUACAAACCGAUUGAAAAAUGCUUCAGAAAACAACUCCAGCAGAGAAAUCCAGAUGUAUAGUUAAGUAGGUGUUAUGAAAUUAACUAAUUGAAAGUUUCACCAGCCCCUGGUGCCAAGCUAUAUCAACUAUCAUAAAAUUGAUGUUCUGUUGGGUUCAUCAUUCCUUGGAAAAGGGCAAACUACUGAAUGAUCCAUUACAAAAUCCUGGGUUUGUAAUACACAAAUUUCAGCAAAAACCACACCAUCGGCUCCUAGAUACCAAUAAAAAAUUAUCUGGAAUUAUGUAACAGGUUUUCCGCAAGGAUGAAUAAUUUUGUUCAGUUUGCCCCAUUACAAAAAGGUUGACAGUCACUGAGUUAUUAGACCAAUUCUUAGACUUAGAUUUAACUCAAUAGUUACAAUGAAUAAUUGGCGCACUAAAAUGACCUCCAUUUCCAUCAGACAGUAUUUGAAAGGUGAAUGGUACAUAGCCUGAUGCCAUCAAUACCAGGAAGGAGUAAUUACAAGGAGGAAGGGAGCUACCGGGUAUGAAAUUUAAAGAACAAAAUUAAUUAAUUGUCGGUAAACAAAAAAAUUAAAUAAUUUUCAUUGUUUUAAAUUUUGUUAAGCAUCAAAUGUUAGUUGAGGUGUUAUAGUAUAGCAGAAUGUAAAAUAACAUAAAAGAUUGAUGUGAUGCCUAUGAUCUUAUACUUCUAAUCAUAAUAUUAAUUUAUCAUGGCUAUAGAUAUUGAAGUGCCUGAUAUGCCUGAUCUUAAAACUUUUUUGAAAAAGAUCGGAAAAAUAUAAUAAAUAGUAUAUCAAAUCUUGAAAUCAGACACAAUAAAAGUUACUAACUUACUAUUAUUAGAAUGUACAACAUGGAACAAAGAAGUGAAGACAUCAUUUAAAAAACUUAGAAUUGGAGUGCAGACAGGUAAAAUCUGCUGCAGAGAAAGAAAUUUAUUGAAUCCUAUCAUAAUUAUAUAUAUUCACUGUCAGGUAAUGACUUCAAUAGAUUCAUGUUCAAUUUAAAAUCAUAGUUUUCAUUUUUGAUUGAAACAUGAACAGUUUACAAAUAUUAUUGCAGCAAUGUUUAUAGGUUACUUUUUGCUUCCUAUAGAAAACAAAUGUAGUGAAGACUUAAAACUAUAAAUUCACCAUGAUGACAGCUGGUUAGGUACAAAAAACACUUCACUAACAUCCUGGGAUAUCCAUUCGACAAUUAUUUCCUGAACUACAUGGCGGUACAAGGCUAGAUGCCGACCACCCCUGUUCCUUACGUCAACCCCACAGCUGUGACCUUUACCUUGGAUGGAAGUCUAUUGACACAGAGCCUUGGGGUCUUCAAUCCCUUUCCUCAAGAUGUCUUAUUUAAAGGUAUUGAUUUGAAUUCAACAGUGUAUUCAAAAAUUAUUUGCUUUCUCCUAUUUUCGUCCAGUACAUAAUCUUAUAUUAUUAGCAUUUAAUUUUAAUCCCUGCAUAAAACCUGUUUUGUUCUUCUUUACUCACAAAAAAUACUAAUACUGCAAAAGUUUUGUUAUUAUUUUCUAAAAUCUGUCAAUUGUAUCUACUGAAUUAUUGCUUUGAUAUUACUAAAAUAAAAGUGGAAAUGUUAUCUACUAAAUUCAAGUUUUAAUAUUAUUUUUUAGAUUUAUAAUUUUUAUUUACUGAAUUUUUGAGUUUUGAUGUUAUUAAGAUAAAAGUAGAAAUCAUAUCUAGUAAAUUCAAGUUUUUUCAUAUUUACAAAUGUAGUCUACCAAAUUUUAGUUUUGAUAUUUAAAAAAUAAUAAUUUGUAGUUGUUUUGUUGUUUUUUUUAAUUGAAAACAGUUGAUAAUGCACAUCCUGAAAGAUACAAGGUAUCCCUCACACAAGGGGUGGUCUGCAGUCGGCAAAAAAUAUACAUGUGAGUCUUGUAAUUUAUUUUUUAUUUCAGUUACUCAUUAAAUAUCCAUAAAUCCCUGAAUGUAAACAAUAUUUAUCAAUUAUUAUGGAGAAAUAAAUUAUUUAUAACUUAUUUAAUUCCAUUGUCAAGUGUUAAUAAGUCUUAGUGUUUAAUAGAUGGCUAUACCUUUUUUAUCUUAGUGAAAUCACUUGUGUCUCCAAAAAUGAAACAUCAGAGGAUGACAUACAAGUGAGAUUUUUCAGGUGGUCUCGCCCUAGGCAAGGCCAGAAGCCACGUGCACAGCAGUAUAUAGGCAAGUUCCUCAUUAAUGUUAUAGAAAUGUGGGGUUCAUAGCAAAAUUAACAUCUGAUGGUUUUUUGAGAACCACUGAGUCCUGGGUAUAAUGUUCUGUGUGUGAUAAGCCUUAGUUUCAUGCAGUUGUUAUCUAAUUGGGCCAUGUGCUAGGUUGGAUUGAACAUUAUAUCAAUGGUUCAUUUAGGUAUACCAUUUGAGAUUCUGUCAUGUUAUUAAUAGCAAGCUUCUGAGAAUUUUGCCCUUUUGCUGUGAUCUUUUGUAAAAAUUUUCCAUUCAAGCCACACUGGCUUUUGGGAAGACAUCUUUAGUUAUUUCCCUGAACUGUUAAAUUGCAUUCAUCACCAUUUUAAAAAAGACUGAAGUUUAAAGCCAAGGUUUUAACUUAAGAUUGACAAGAGAUUGAUAUUUUAAAUUUAACUACUGUUAUUAGUUUUAGCCCUCCCAUAUGAAAUAGUAUAUGUUUUUGAAAGUAUAAAACUCAUGUGGAUAGUUUAGCCAGGUCCUCACCUUCAGUAAUAAACUCAAUACCAGCAAUGACUUUGAGACUGGUGACAGAAGUAGAUGCUUCAGCUCAUGUUCAGAUUUAAACCAAAGAGAGAGAGCCGUAAUCUGAAAAAAGUAAAUUGAAAGAAAGUAAAUUUCCUGAAUAGGGUGUUCAUUCUUUAGUAAAAGUAAUAAAUGAAAGAAUUAUACCAUUCUUUUCUGGUGAUUUUUUUUUCCAGAUGACUGAUCAUGAUAAAAGAAUGAUGAAAAUAUGAUUGUGGUGAAUGAAUUAUGCAUUGAGGUGUUGCCUUGAUUACCAUAGAGACACUGAAUAAAAUGAAGUUGAUUUUUUUUUCAGGUUAUCGUGCAGUCAAGAUCAGGGUAUUUCAAUCUGGUUUUGAGAGGGAGAGGACUCCAUCUAUAUCGGGGUCAGUCUCUUUCUCUGACAUGACGGAAGCAAAUCCCCUCAGUGACUACCCACACUCAGGCAGCAUUCACACAAGUUACGCCUCCAGUGACACGGGUCACAGUAGCUCCAGUUCAAGGAGGAGAGGGAAACGGAGACAAGGUCAGUGCAAAUUAUUUAACAUUUAAUUAGUUAUUGUCUUAAAACCCAAACCAUCCUCCCUCAUACUGAGACUUGGUGCAAGCGGUGGUGAGGCUAUUCUCUUCCUCAACAAAUUUUAUAAUAAUUACUCAAUGAAUUAUCAGGUUGUUCUUUUACUUCAGUUUUAAAAUUACAGGGAACCAAUAUCAUUGAUGCACAAUUAAAGCAAUAACUAUCAACUUGUAUUACAGGGUAGUUAUAUUUAAUUAGUUGAUAAUGAUGUGUCAUUCGUUUCCAUGCCCAAGCAAAGCCAACUCAUUCUUAAACAAGAAACCUUUGUUGUGCCUUUCCUUGCAGUUAUAACCAACUUUGCUUUGGCUGUUGUGUUGCUUGUCCUUGGCUUUGUACUCAACAGUCUGGACGAAGUCUGGUUCUCUAGAAAUGUAAUUGUGGGAGUCAAGCCACAGUCACUUGCCAUCGUUUGCUACAGUAAGUAGAUUAUAAGUUUACUAGGGAGCGGUCAGGUUUACUAUCCAGCCAAAAAUAAAAACAGCCACUUGCUCAUCAAAAUUAUGUUUGACAAUAUUGAAUUAUAGACAGUGAAGUUUGAAAAUUGUUGGCUAAAACAUUGCUGUCUCAACAUUCCCUGGAUCUUCUUAAAGACCCCAGGACAAAUAAUAAUGGGCCAUUCCCUUACUUACACAUAUUGUGGAAAUAAAAACAUGUUAAUUUAAGAGCACAUCCCAAUUAUAACUUUAACUUGACAUAUUGUAAUAUAGCUUUACAAUUUCUCCUCACAGCCCUGUCAUGUGUGGUCACCAUUAAGUUGCUAACAUUCAGAUGAUGAAAGUACCUUGUUACGAUGAGUGAUGAAAGUACCCUGCUAAUGUACAGCACCAAUAAAUGAAUCAUCCAUCUUCUGUCUUUUUGUGACAUUCAUCUUAUAAUUUUGUGAUGCCCGUUUCAUUUUCAGAAACUGUUUUUCAAAUUAUUUGAUUCCUUGGCUUGUUCUUUUUUUUAAAUACAUUUUUUUAGAUGUAAAGAUAAAAAUGAAAAGAAAAGAAAAAUCAUUUGAUUACAAAACUAUCACGAAAGAUAGCUUACCUGGUUUUAGAAUAUGGUGAAAUUAAUUAUGUCAAUUUCUAAAUAGUUGAAUAAUUUGAUUUAUGUUUUGGUCUCACAAUUGCUAAGUUUAUGCAUUAAAGUUUUUUUUGAGCUUUAAAUACAUUUUACUGUGCAUUAAUUGUUUCAAAGAGAUUCAACAAAUUUUAAAAAAGUAUUUUAAACUAACCUGUUUCAGCGACAUCAAGAUUGUAAGGACAUGAUCAUUUUUUAUCUGUUAGACAUGAAAUAAUAUAUGUUAAUAUUAAAUAAUAUAUUGCUCACCUACUUUCAGCUCUUCAAUUGAGAUUUCUUUUUUUAAUGGGGAAGGAAAUAGCUGACUGUUAGGGAGCUCACUUCAAUUCUAUGGUUUUAGAUAGGAAUUCUUAGAAACAGUUAAUAAUGUCCAAUUUGAAAUACAAACCUUUGGGAGAUGAUUCUUUCAAAUGAGUUAUAACUUAUAAAAUAUGUGCUUGUAAAAGUAUUCUUUCCUCAUUGCAUUUUAUUCUGAAACACUUAUCCUCUUGCAAGUUUUUUUGCAAAGGAUUUAAAAAAUGUUAAUUAUGUUUUCAUUAUUUUCUGUAGUUAUAAUUUUAAUUAAGAAUUUGUUU